AUAGCUUCUUCCCUCUACGCUCACCUCCACCGCAAUCCCCAAACUCCUUCAACUACAAGCCGUUCGAUUAACUUACUUUGACAAUCUUCUCUCAAUCCAACAGCUCACAAUCCACUAACAAAUUUCAAAUCACGACUCUCACUCUCUCCAUAUAUAAUCCGACUCCUCCUCUGCUACACAACACACUACUCUCAAAACCCUAAAUGGCAGGAACAGGAGUUGUGGCGGUGUACGGCGAAGGAGCCAUGACGGAGACGGCGAAGAAGACAUCUCCCUUCUCCGUCAAGGUCGGCCUCGCUCAGAUGCUCCGAGGCGGUGUAAUCAUGGACGUCGUCAACGCUGACCAAGCUCGCAUCGCUGAAGAAGCAGGCGCCUGCGCCGUCAUGGCUCUCGAGCGUGUUCCCGCCGAUAUCAGAGCUCAAGGCGGCGUUGCUCGGAUGAGCGACCCGGAGAUGAUCAAGGAGAUUAAAAAGGCGGUUACGAUUCCGGUGAUGGCCAAGGCUAGAAUCGGCCAUUUCGUCGAAGCUCAGAUCCUUGAAGCAAUCGGAGUUGAUUACGUCGACGAGAGCGAAGUCCUCACUCUCGCCGACGAAGACAAUCACAUCAACAAGCAUAACUUCAAAAUCCCUUUUGUUUGUGGAUGUAGGAACCUCGGCGAAGCCUUACGGCGGAUCCGUGAAGGAGCCGCCAUGAUUAGAACCAAAGGCGAGGCUGGGACUGGGAACGUCAUUGAAGCCGUUAGGCAUGUGAGGAGUGUGAACGGAGCUAUUCGUUUGCUUCGUAGCAUGGACGACGACGAGGUUUUCACUUUCGCUAAAAAGAUAGCUGCGCCGUAUGAUUUGGUUAUGCAGACGAAGCAGCUCGGGAGGUUGCCGGUGGUUCAGUUCGCUGCCGGAGGAGUGGCGACGCCGGCGGACGCGGCGCUGAUGAUGCAGCUGGGGUGUGAUGGAGUGUUUGUCGGGUCGGGUGUUUUCAAGAGUGGGGAUCCGGUGAAGAGGGCUAAGGCGAUUGUUCAGGCGGUUACGAAUUAUAGUGACGCGGCAGUGCUGGCGGAGGUUAGCUGUGGGUUGGGUGAAGCUAUGGUUGGUCUUAAUUUGGAUGAUAAGGUUGAGAGGUUCGCUAGCCGCUCUGAAUAAACCAAUCACAUUUUCACAUGUUUUUGUUUUAUUUAUAAAAAGGUUUAUGGAAAUUGAAAUAUUUAUGUUUGGGUGUCUAAUUUUCAUGAGAUUAAACUUUAUGACAACUUUAAUAUGUAUUGUUUGGCUUUUGUAAGAA